AUGCAGGCAACCCUUGACGCGACUGCUCUGAAGCCAUUCACCCGAGCCCUUACCUGUCUUUCUAAAUACGGCGACGACCUCACGAUUUAUGCGUCGCACGAUGGAAUCACACUCUCAGCGACAAAUUCGUCAAUGUCGGCAUAUUGUCGGUUUCAGUACAGCAAGCUGUUUUUCGCCAAGUUUAGCAUUGACGGCGGUGAGAAAAGGACGAACCCCGGACCAUACGCGGCGGAAGAAAUCGAGGAGGUCAAGUCAGUUACGGGUCAGCUGUUGACCAAGUCCUUCCUCUCGAUCCUGCGACAUCGUGCUAUAGAGAAAACGGUUGAACGAUGCGAUCUAUCCAUCGUGGAAGGGUCGGCAGAUGGUCCGAGCCAAGACGACGACGAGGACAAAGAUAGCCUUGAGAGCAAACUCAUCAUCCGGUUGCAUUGCAAACAUGGAAUCGUGAAGACGCACCGGUUACUCUUGCUCACGCCCACGUCGCUUCUCGCGCCGAAUGCGCCUGAUGAUCCCACGGAGUCUCGGAUGACCAUAGGUCCCAAAGCCCUGAAGGACAUGAUCGAUCAUUUCCCCAGUACGAAGAGUGCGAAAACUGAUCCGCAGCUGACAUGGGUCUUCGACGAGUCAGAAGUUAGAGUAAGGAGCUUAGAGACAUCGGUGGACUUGAAAGGAGGUGGCCAAUUGACCACAGAACUUACAAUGAGUGCAGAGGAAUUCGAUAUGUACGAGGUAUCAGCGCCUCCCACGUCCAUCGCAUUUCACCUGCGAGAGUUCAACGCAACCAUAGCAUAUGCAGAAUCUAUGUCGCUGGCGCUCAAUCUCCGUUUUACCGAACCUGCUGCGCCUCUCUUUGUGGACGUCGAGGAAGACAGUUCCGAAAGCCUGUUCGUCGUCUCCACAAGCCAGGUCCCAGGUGUUCCUCCUGGAGGAAACGGCGCCAACAGCACACAGCAAUCGCGCGGGACCACCGCAUCAGGCUCGUCUUCCCAAAUGCGUAAGAGAGUCCGAGAAGAGUCCCCUGAACGAAAUCGUAACAUGGCGCCUCGCACUCCCGCAUCCGAGAGGCGACGACCGCCCAUGAAAGCUGUACAACGGACCGACGCCGCCGAGUUUGCGCGUCAACAGCAGCAGCAACACCAGUCACAAACCUCACAGCUCAGUCGAGCGCCGUACGGAUCUAUGCCUCCUCCAUCCAUUGUGCCUCGGCAGCAGUCUCAACAGUCCAACGGUUUCCACUUUUCUCAGGCGAGGACCGGAUCUCAGUUUGAACAAGAGCGAGAGCCACUUUUCCUCCCAAGCUCGCAAAUGAGUCAGGCGGACGCGGAGGCAUUGCGCGCUUCCGGGCUGGGUGUUGAAAAUAUGGACGCCGAAGAGUUUCUCGCGAUGAUGGAAGAGGAAGGGGAAGAGGUAGGCGUCACGCUGGAGGAGGCGCUGUUGGCGCCACGGGAUGGUGGCGGUGGCGCGGGUGUCAAAGUCUCGGAUUCGGGGAGUGAGACUGAGUCAGAGAGUGAUUUGGAGAUGUUAGAUGAGCUAGGUCCCACGCAGAGUCUUGAUGGUAACAAGGAUUUCAAACCUCUGUUCGAGGAUUAACUCCAUUUGACUGAAGCGUAUGAAGCGUAGAAGAUCUGUCACGGGAACGAACAACGUCCUUUGUACAACAGUGCGGGUUUAUAAUUAUUGUUCUACAGAUGUGCAGC